GACCUAAAAAUGGCGAUUUUUUUGUAAACAUAAAAAUUCUAGUAUGGCAAAUCGCGAAUAUUGUAUAAUCUCAGAUUUUAGAGCUGACAUAGAGAGUGCUACCGAUUUCUUGAUUUCUAAACAGUUCUUAAGAUGUAUUGAAUUGUGUAACACUAUAAUUUAUCGUGGAAAAGAGACUGGUUUAAUUCUUUCAGAUGUGCAAAAUUCGUCCUUACGUUCGUCGGUAGAGUUGGAGCAAAUUAGGGACAGCGAUAUUGGUGCACCAGUAAGAGGAAGCUCUCUACUUUUGAAAGAUUCAGAACAGUUAGUAGAUCAUGUGGAGGAAUUUUCGACGCCAAAAUGCCCUGAUGGUACCGACGCAGUGGUUGAAAACAGGGACUGGGAAUCGAAAUUAUGUGGUCUUGUUAAUUCUGCUGUGGUUUUGUCAAUUCAAGCUUAUGCUGAAUUGAACCAGUGGAAUGAUGUCAUCCCAUUUAUUCGUAGAGUUUAUGAUGAUGUUGAAAAUUGUCCUCCCAAAGUAAUACAUAUGUGUCUCCUUCUAUAUGCCAAAGUUAAAGAAUACAUCCAAUGUCAUGCAUUAGCUAAAAUAUGGCUUCAGUGUCCCAAAAACUAUAAACUAUCUGAGUAUAAGGAUGUAGCAGAAGUCUAUGUUACAAAAAUACUCAUGUCAACUCACAGAUUUGACAUGAUUCCAAAAGUUAUAAACAAUUGUGGUGGGUUAACUUCUCGGGAAAAGGAAGAAAUGUUGGAUAAUUUUAAGAAAUCUGAAAAAAUAGAAACAAGUGCACAAACCCAAUUAGUGUCAACGGAUCAUUCAGAAUCCCAUCUACCAAAUGAAGAGAAUAGUGGCAUUGUAAACAGUACAGGACUCACAGGAGUUUCAGAUGAUUUGAUAAGUUAUGGAUCAACAUUAUUGAAAAAAUUGUUUCGAACACUGUCCAGAGAGAGAAUAAAAAAGAUAUGGAAGGUGAUUUUAAUGACGGCUGUGGCAAUAUUUGCUUUUCUUCACACUCAAUAUGGUGAUUUUACAACUAACUUAAAUCGAGCAAUGGUGGUAUGGGAAGGUGUACUGAAGGUGUUUCGAUCUAUGUUUGGUAAUGAUCAGCCAUGAAAACUUUAUCAGUUACUUUUUAGACCAGAAUAAACUGAAAUAAUUCCUUAAUCCCCAUUUCAUUGUACCUUCAUAAAGUCUGGCAUUUUUUUCCCUUCAUAGCUACAAGUUGUGUCAGGUGUUAUGCACAAAACAGGAUAGCUUAUUCCAACCAGAAUAAUUAAUACCACUACACACUGGUCUUUUGUGGGAGAGCUAUCAUGUGGCCAGUCACAUUUAUUCAUCUUGACAUCCAGUUAAUUCUGGUACCCAUGAAGAAUUAUUAUGGUUGGAAGUACUUUGCCUCUCUUAGUCUGUGCUGUGUAUACUUUUGAUUAAACCGAAAGUUCCAUUUUAUAUGUUGAAAGCAUUACAUACACUGUCCGCAGGUAUUUAAAAUACUUGAUAACAUAGAAGUUAAAGCAACUUUUGAGUCGUACAUGUACUUUUAAAUUACAACCCUUUAAUACUACAGAAGGACAACAGCACAUGCCAACAUUGACCAACCGAAUGUAGUAUUGCUGUGCGCUUAGCAAUUCCUGCAAGACAGAGAUGAAUUCAUUGUAUACUUUAAUUAAACCAAUACCUUGACUAAGUUAGAUAAUGAGAAUUUUCUGCUUGGGGAUAAAUAGCGAUAAGCAAUUUGAUUGGUCAAGACUUUGGAACGUAACUCGGCUUUUAAUUGAGGUAGAAUGUUUAGGUGAAUGUCUGAAAUGAGUUCAAUGAUUUCCGCUAAAGCUAACUAAUUUUAUUGGUCGAUGCUUUGGGACAAGAACUUGGUGUAUGGUUUCACUACCAGUUACUUGGAAACCAUGACCAAGUUGGAUAGUGAAAAUUUUCUGCUUAAACUAAGUAUAGAUAAUCAGUUUGAUUGCUCAAUACUUUUCAAAAAGAUAAACGUGCAAUUAAUUUACAUGUGUCAUCUAUUUUGGGGUUGCAGCAUGGGACAUCAGUCUCACUGUUGGCUCGUUGACCUUGUCCUCAUCUCAACAUCCAAGGUUCAUUAUUUUUGAAAGUUCUGAGUUGUAAAAUGUACAAUUUUAACAGAUGUUGGUCUUGUAUCUACGGACAACCUAGUUCUCUUCUUGUGUACAUUGGAUAUCUUUCGAUGAAACUGCAUAUCAUUAACCAUUUUGACAUUUACUUGCCCAAUGCCACGGGCCUGGAUUUAAGACAUUUUAUUUGCUGGCUAUAUAACAAUUGAAAUAAUAUAAAACAAACUUCUGUAUUAUCAUUGAAUAAAUGUUUAUUAUACAAAC